CUCCAAGGUUGAAACAAUUUGAUAUUGACCAUUUAUAAGUCAUGUCAGCUUCCAAUACCGUGGAUCCACCUGUGGGUGAGAGAUUCCCCGACUCGCAUUCAGUAUCAGAUUCCUCCGAUUCUAGCAACGAGGAGGGCUGGGAAGAUGUCGAGCCCGAUGAGGAGUCGCAGCCUGUGGUUGGCCUCUUCACUGAGCAGGUCUUCCCCGAUGCGCGCUCAAUGCUAAAGGAGUGCAAGGAAAAGUACAAUUUUGAUCUAUUGAAGAUCCAGAAAGAUCUUGAUUUGGAUUUCCUUGACAACAUUAAGUUGGUCAAUUACGUCCGCACCCAAGUCAAGAGCGGAAACAACACCCCUGAUGUUUCAUCCAAGUCCAAAUUCGAGGACGAUGUUUAUCUCAAGCCCGUUUUGGAGGACGAUGCUCUCUUGUACAGCUUGGACGAUCUUGCCGAAGAACAGGGCGAAGACGCCGCACCUGCCACCGAGACAAACCGACAGGUUCUCGAACUCCAGGAGAACUUGGAGCGAUUGCAGACCCAAUUCUCCGAGUACCGCCUUGCUGUGCAGAAGUCAAUGGACGACCAAUUGUCGAAGGAGGAUGAUAAGCUUGCUGAAUCCAACCCUCAGCCCUCGGCCAAGGCUGUCGACAGACUGCAGGAUGCUGAAGAUGGAUAUUUCGUCUCCUACGCUUACAACGGCAUUCACGAAUCUAUGCUCAAGGACACCAUCCGUACCGACUCUUACCGCGAUUUCGUGUACGAAAACAAGCACGUUUUCAAGGACAAGGUUGUUCUUGAUGUUGGCUGUGGCACUGGUAUUUUGUCCAUGUUCUGUGCCAAGGCUGGCGCAAAGAAGGUCAUUGCUGUCGACAACUCGAACAUCAUUGACCGGGCUAAGGAAAUUGUCCACGACAAUGGCCUUGGAGAUGUGAUCACGUGUAUCCGUGGCAAGAUUGAAGAGGUUACUUUACCCGUCGAAAAGGUCGACAUCAUUAUAUCCGAAUGGAUGGGUUACGGCCUCCUUUUCGAGGCUAUGUUUGAUUCUGUCAUCUACGCCAGAGAUCGUUACCUCGCUCCUGAUGGUCUUAUGGCUCCUUCUCACGCUACCCUGCGCCUCGCCCCUUACGCCGACUCGGAUUUCAUCGCGUCGCACAUCUCGUUCUGGAACAACGUCUACGGUUUCAAGAUGGACAGCAUGCUUCAUAAGAUCUACGAUGAGGCUGUAGUUCGCAGCAACCAGUCCACGACCGUUGUCGGAGAGUCUCAGAUAUUCUUGACACUUCCGCUGCACACCAUCACUGUUGAGGAGCUGUCGUUCUUGAAGGAAUUCCAGGUCACGUUGAACCAGGAUGUUGAUGCAUUGGAUGGAUGGAUUAUCUGGUUCGACAUCUUCUUCAUGCCCUCCAGAGAGUCUGUUCUGCCCGAGGAUGCCAUCCCCUCAGAGAUGCAAAAGAAGGGAAUUGUCUCGUUCACUACUGGUCCUCAUGGAACCGAGACCCACUGGCAACAGACUGUCCUUCUCAUCGACCACGCCAAGGAUCAUGCUAAGCAAGGCUCCCAGGCCUUGAAGAAGGGCCAAGUCAUCACCGGCAAAAUCGGUUAUGAGAAGGCUGAGAAGGGCUCUCGGGGGGUGGACAUCAGUGUUCAAUGGGAGUCCGAUGCUAAUGAGAAGGGGGUCCAGCUAUGGAGCCUCGUAUAG